GGACACCAUUUUCGACGCCCAGGUAGACGAGGCGAAGUACGACACCGAGGCCGGGCGCUGGCAAUUUAGGACGACCAAGGGGCUACGUGCGACGUCCAAGUAUGCGAUAUUCGCAUGCGGCUCGAUGAACAAGCCGUACACGCCACUUUUCCCAAACCAAGACCUGUUCGAUGGGCUUAUUAUACACCCGUCCGCUUGGCCCGACAAUCUCUCGCUGACGGGCAAGAAGAUUGGCAUCGUCGGUCAAGGCGCGUCCGGUCUGCAAAUCGUGCAGGAGCUUGCACCACUCGACUGCGAGCUGACGGUUUUUGUCCGCAACCCUUGUAUCGCGGUCCCGAUGCAUCAGAGACAGCUGUCGUACCGAGAGUCAGAGGAGAUGAAACACUAUUACGAUGCCAUAUUCGCAAAGGCCAAGUUCGGCUCGUCUUCGGCCCUCCCGUACAAUCAGAAUUCUGACUCGCUACUCCGCGCGACCGAGACCGAACGAAACGACCUGUUCGAGCGAUUGUGGAACAGAGGUGGCCUCGGCCUCACGCAGUCAAACUAUCGCGAUAUUGUCCUUGACGAGAAGGCCAACGCAUGCUUGUACGAUUUCUGGGUUCGAAAAACGCGAAGCCGGAUGACGGACCCCGACAAAAUGGACAUCGUCGCGCCUUUGCAGCAGUUUGAAUGGUUCGGAUCAACACGCGUCAAUCUCGAGACGAACUACUACGAGGCGCUGGAUCAACCGAAUGUCAAAGUGGUGAACCUCAAGGAGACGCCGAUCCAGUCCUUUGACAGGCAUGGGAUUCUCGCCGGUAGCUCUGAUGUUGCUACACACCACGACUUGGACGUUGUCAUCAUGGCCACCGGCUACGACGGCGUGACAGGUAGCCUGCUGAACAUGAACAUCCGUGACAAGAACAGCGUUCGGCUCAAAGAUGUUUGGAGAAGCGGUAUCAGCACGUACCUUGGCAUGAUGAUCCCCAAUAUGCCCAAUGCAUUCGUGCUGUAUGGGCCGCAAGGGCCGACGACGCAGACCAACGCGCCGCCUUUUAUUGAGCUCCAGGUUGACUGGGUGAUGAGGCUCCUAGAGAGGAUGCGUCGGGAUAAGCUA